CAGAUGAAGAAACACUAUUGAAGAAAAAAUGUGAUCAUAUUUAAUCCAAAGAUGAAGUUACACUGACACAGGUGUAAAAAAUACACAGAGGAAGCAAAAUAUGAAAAUAAGUUCUAGAGAAAUACACAAAUGAUGUUUUGACCUGAAUGAGGGAUGAGAGCAGAUAUAAUAAUCACGUAGUGUAAAUCUGCAGACAGAAACAUCAGACUCAGGACAGAAACACACGACCUCUAAAAAAUGGAGCAAACUCAAUAUUUGAUUCUUCUUCUCAUUGCUCUCUGCUCCGUAUCUGAAUGUGUUCAGCGUCAGUAUCACUUUAUAAACGAGAACAAGACCUGGACUGAAGCUCAGAGAUUCUGCAGAGAGAAUUACACAGAUCUGGCCACCGUUGACAACAUGAACGACAUGAACGAGCUGGAGAAGAGUGUGAAUGUUGGAGGUGUUCAGUUUAUCUGGAUUGGGCUGAAGAAGGCGGGUGUUGAUAAAUGGCAGUGGUCUUCAGGUGAACCUGCGCUCUAUCUGAACUGGGCACCUACACAACCUGAUAACACAGCUGAGUGUGCUAUGAUGAGUAAUGGACAAUGGGAAGAUUUGCCAUGUAGUAACAAGCAUAAUUUCAUCUGCAAUUCAUCUAACAACAUGAACACAGGACUCGUCUUUGUCAGUGAGGAGAAGAACUGGACAGACGCUCAGAGUUUCUGCAGACAGAAUAACACUGAACUGGUCAGUGUGAGGAACCAGAAUGAGAAUCAACAGGUUCAGGAUUUCAUUAGUAGUCUUAAGUUAUCUGCAUCACGGAUCUGGAUCGGUCUGUUCAGAGUCAGAGACCCAUGGCAGUGGUCAGAUCAGAGUAACUCCUCUUUCAGAAACUGGUAUACUGGUGAACCUAAUAAUCAAGGAGGAAAUGAAAACUGUACAGUGAUAAUUAAGAAUGAGGGUCAAUGGUUUGACAUCUCUUGCAACCGCCAGUUUCCUUUUGUGUGUCAUGAAGAUAAACUGAUUCUGAUCACUGAGACUCUGACGUGGACUGAAGCUCUGAGAUACUGCAGACAGAAUUAUACGGAUCUGGUCUCGGUUCAUUCAGUCCAGAUGCAGGAGGAGGUGAUGAAUGUGGUUAAACGUGCGUCUACUGAGGCGGUGUGGUUGGGUUUACGUCACUCCUGCACUGUGGGCCUCUGGUUCUGGGUGAGCGGAGAGACCGUGUGCUAUCAGAACUGGGCUCCAGGGAACGGCACAGACGAGGACUGUGAGAGUACAGUGAGAUCUGGAGCAGUUCAGACUGGAGGAGAUCAGCGCUGGAUCAGCCGUCCUGAACACGAUAAACUCAACUUCAUCUGCAGCAGAUAUGAAGACUGAAGGAGAUGUGUGUGUUCUUACAUUACUGGCACAUCUUUUUUUGUCUUUUAACUUGAGAUGAUCAGCAUAUAUCAAA